CCGCCCACGCCCGCGGCGUCGCCGUUCCGGGACCUCCGGCUGGCCCGCUGGGACGCGCGCCGCCUCUACCAGGUGGUGGACUCGCUGGUGCCCGGGGACCGCUUCGCCGAGCUGUCCGCGACCUGGCCCGUCUGCCUCGCCACGCAGAGCUCCCUCGAGAGGCUCAGCUCGCUCGUGCAGGUGGCGCACCAGUGGACGGGCCCGAUGUCGGUGUCGCUGUUCGCGGCGGGCGAGGAGCUGCCGCUGGUGCUGCGCUACGUGCGCUUCCUGCGGCGCUGCUACGCGGCAGUGCGCGAGCGCGUCUCCUUCCACCUGGUCUUCCCCCGGGAGCGGCCGCCGUCCGCCGAUGAACCCCGCCGCGCCGCGCUGCUCGGCAACGACUGCCACACGCCGGGCGCCAUGCUCGGCGACCUCGUGCGCAUGCGCACCGCCGACACCAUCAGGUGGCGGACGCGCGCGCCGUACCCGCAGAACCACAUGCGCAACGUGGCGCGCGCCAACUGCCAGGCGUCGCACGUCUUCCUCACGGACGUGGACAUCGUGCCCAGCUCGGGGCUGGCGGAGGGCGUGGCCGCCUUCCUGCGCCGGCCGCGGCCGCCCGACUGCCAGGGCGGCCGGCUGUGCGCCUUCGUGGUGCCCACGUACGAGCUGGACGAGCGCGUGCGCUUCCCGCCCAACAAGUCGGAGCUGGUGCGGCUCGCGCGGAAGGGCCUCGCCCGGCCCUUCCACCAGAAGGUCUUCGUCUUCAACCAGUUCGCCACCAACUUCUCCAGGUGGCAGGAGAGCGGCGGCGUGGGGGAGCCCCAGGAGGUGCACGUCAGCCACAACGUCACCAACUUCGAGUUCCUGUACGAGCCCUUCUACGUGGCGCCCGCCACGGCGCCCCCGCACGACGAGCGCUUCAUGGGCUACGGGUACACGCGGAACACGCAGGUCUACGAGAUGUACGUGGCCGGCUACCAGUUCAAGGUGCUGUCGCCAGUGUUCACGAUCCACUGGGGCCUGCAGACCAAGAAGGGGCGUCCCUCGUGGCGCGAGCGACAAAACUCGCACAACGGCCGCCAGUUCGAGGCGUUCAAGCGCGAGGUGCUGGCCCGUUACGGCAAGGAUGUGCCUCCCCUGUCCGCCCGCAAGAGCAGGUAGCGCACCCGCAGGUAGCGGGCUACCCAUCUGCGCCAAGCCUGCCUCCAUCCUCGCUGGUAGUGCUUCCAGCUGUACUCGUCUACACUGGGCUUCGGUACGUUCCAGUGGCGGCAAUCAUCACCAGUUUUCAACAGCUUUUUGAGUAUGGAACAGCUUUCCCUCGAUGUGCUUCGACUAGUGAUUUAACAGGAAGACUUGCUGAAAGACUGAAAUACCUGAGUGUGUGUUUUUCAGUUCCCACAUUAAUUGCUCACAAUUAUUAUCUCAGAUUUGUUUCGUAUGCUUUACACUACAACCACCAGCAAGUAUGUCGGAAUUUCACAUCAAUGCUAACUCUGAUUUAGUGUUCCAGUAUACACUGAAGUGCAUAAAGUUGUGGGAAAUCUGUCAAAUAUACUUGGGAAAUUCCUCACUCCACACACAUUUAUAAUAUCUAUGAGGUAUUGGCUCUAGUCAACAGAUGUCUCCUCAGCAGCCACUGUCUCUAGUAACCACACUGUCAAUGGGAUAUUAAACUCUAAUCAUCCUUCCUCCCUUCUUCAGCAGCCCGAAACAGCAUUGGUGCUGCAGAUGGAGGGUUUUGGGCAUGGAUAAUGUUUGCUUGGAGUUUUAUGAGCAAUGUUCACAUUAGAAUAUUCUACUCUACAUGGCUCCAUCUAUAGUAUAGAGAAGUCCAUGAAUCGUAGGGCAAAGAUGCUGUUUUUGCCAUCCGUAAGCCGUCAACUGCGGGCCUCUGUUGAUUACUGCACAACUCGUUCAAGGUUUUCCGCCGUAAUCGCGUUGUGGCUCUUCACUGGAUUCACAAACUAAUGUCUGAGAGUCAUCCAUAGGCAUAUAGUGCAACAUUAAUUAAACAAUUAGCCACGUUUGUCCCACUGCUUCUGCUAACCCAUUGUUGCAUGCUGAACUACUUCGUACAACUUCCCAUUCAUCUCAAAUAAAGCAAGUAAUCUGAAUGUCAAUAACAACAAUAAAUAUCAUUAUUUGUAAACUAUGUUGUGAAAUAUGGUGGUACGUAACAUUCAAGCUUCUCGAUUAUUCAAGAUUACAAUCUGAAGGAUUUACCGCUCUGAUGGCUCUGUUCUGCCCUUAAAUAUUC